AUGAGAAAACUACCAGAGAAGUUGGGUUCACAUGCUGAAUUUAAGUCUGGUUUAAAAAGUGGAUUGCAGAGAUGUGUUUAUGAUUCUCAGACUUCUGACGAGUUUGAGAAGUCUUGGGAGGUAUUCAUUGAUACCUACAAUUUGAAGGAAAAUGCAUGGCUUCAAAGUCUCUAUAGUGAGCGAAUGUAUUGGGUUCCUGUAUAUCUGAAAAAUACAUUUUGGGCCGGGAUGAGCACAACUCAGAGGAGUGAGAGCAUGAAUGCCUUCUUUGAUGGAUAUGUACAUUCAGGGACUACUUUGAAAGAAUUCGUCGAUCAAUUCGACAAUGCACUGAGGAAGAAAGUAGAAAAUGAGAUGGCAGCGGAUUUUCACUCAUUCAAUGCCACAGUACCUUGUAUAUCUCAUUUACCAUUGGAGAAAAAAUUUCAGGCAGUGUACACGAAUUCGAAAUUUAAGGAAGUGCAGUCAGAGGUAAUAGGGAUUAUCUACUCUCACUGUGUUAUCAUAAAAACAGAAGGGGCUAUUACCACGUAUCAAGUUAAUGACAGUCGACAGGUUGAAGACGGCAUCAAGAAGUCAACUGUGCAAGCGUACUUUAAUGAAGAAGAGUGUGAGGCGAAGUGCAUGUGUGGGUUAUUUGAGAUGAGAGGAAUUAUAUGUAGGCACAUGCUUUCAAUAUUCGCCGCAAGGGAUGUCCAAGUGUUGCCAGAGAAGUACAUUAUGGAGAGGUGGAGGAAGGACAUUAAACGUAGAUAUGUUCUCAUUCGAAGCAGUUACGAUGACUUGAGUGGUAAACCAGCCGCUACUCGAUACUCUGGAUUGAUUAAAAUAUGUUAUGAAGUUGCUACAAAUGCAUGUGAAAGCGAAAAAAAUUCCCUGGAUAUGACAGAGAAGCUUAAGGCAAUGAAUUCGAUUUAUACUAAAUCAAAGCCCCAAGCGACUAUUGCAAGCACUCAUAUUUCCGCUAAUGCUGAAACUGGAAGUUCGAAAAAAGUAUUGAGUCCUUGUGUUGUCAGAGGCAAAGGUAGGCCCCCAUCAAAGAGGAAACAACCUACCAUAGAGAAGUUGCAAACCAAGAAUAAAGUUGGUGGCAAGCAACAGAGAAAAAGUGCAACUUCACAACUGAAAGAUGUACUAAACGCUGCAGAUUCAGUAAACCAAAUUGGUACACCACAAAGUGUACCAUCGCAACUGCCUGGUACACAACAAAGUGUUAUUUCCCAGGUGAACUUCGACAUGCAUGGCCCUCAAGUUGAUUAA